UGUAAAAAUAAAAAAAUAGUAGACUAACAACUCAACGCUGCAUUGUAGAAAAUGAGGUUUUGUCACUCAUGGAUAAGAGAACAGCAAAAGAGUGCGUCUGAGCUAAUCCAACAGAAAAACUAAGAAUGACAUCUAGCAGUAUCCAUUUACUAAAACCCUCCUUCCCUCCUAAAACCCUACCCAGAUUCUCUCCAUCUGUAUUCACUCCUUUCAAUUUACAGCUCCGACCUCGCCGGAGAAAUUGCCUCUCUAUUGGCUCCAAAUCCCUCAAUAUCCAAGCCUGUAAGUCCGGCUCCACUUCUACUUCCAAUUCCAACUCUGUUAAUGACGAAACUGAGUCAGCUCAGCAGCUCUUUGAGAAACUGAAGGAGGCAGAGCGUGAACGGAUAAAUAAGUUAGAGGAAUUUGAAAGAAAGGCAAAUGUUCAAUUAGAGAGGCAGCUUCUGCUGGCUUCAGAAUGGAGUAGGAAAUUGCUGGCUAUGCAGGGAAAAUUGAAGGGUACUGAGUGGGACCCCGAAAAUUCUCAUAAAAUAGACUACAGUCAAUUUCAGAACCUUCUCAAUGCAAAUAAUGUGCAGUUUAUGGAGUAUUCCAACUAUGGCCAGACCGUUUCAGUGAUUCUACCAUAUUACAAGGAUGGAAAAACAAAAGGCUCAGGAGGGGAAAAUAGAAAGGAUAUUGUUUUCAAGCGUCAUGUUGUUGACCGGAUGCCGAUAGAUUGCUGGAAUGAUGUUUGGAGGAAGUUGCAUCAACAGCUUGUGAAUGUAGAUGUGUAUAAUGUGAAUAACAUCCCUGCUGAAGUCUACUCUACUGUUGCAACAGCAGUUGUGUGGUCUAUGCGACUCGCCCUUUCAGUUGUCUUAUACAUUUGGAUUGAUAAUAAGAUGAGACCAAUUUACUCAAAACUAAUACCUUGCGAUUUGGGAAGCGCCCCCAAAAAGAUAAGCGAGCCACAAAAGCAGCGUGCCCUUGGUUCAUUAGGAAAGAGCCGAGCAAAAUUCAUAUCAGCAGAAGAAAAAACUGGUAUAACUUUUGAUGAUUUCGCUGGGCAAGAAUAUAUUAAGAGAGAGCUUCAAGAGAUUGUCCGAAUACUGAAGAAUGAAGACGAGUUUCAAAACAAAGGGAUUUAUUGUCCAAAAGGUGUGCUUCUCCAUGGUCCUCCUGGAACUGGUAAAACACUUCUGGCAAAAGCUAUAGCUGGAGAAGCGGGAUUACCUUUUUUUGCUGCUAAUGGUACUGAUUUUGUUGAGAUGUUUGCCGGUGUGGCUGCUUCACGUGUGAAGGACCUUUUUUCCAGUGCCAGAUCAUUUGCUCCUUCUAUUAUUUUCAUUGAUGAGAUAGAUGCAAUUGGCAGCAAACGUGGUGGACCAGAUAUUGGUGGGGGUGGUGCAGAGAGGGAACAGGGGCUUCUUCAGAUAUUGACGGAAAUGGAUGGAUUUAAAGUGUCAACAUCACAGGUAUUAGUUAUUGGUGCAACCAAUAGAUUGGACAUUCUUGAUCCUGCGCUGUUAAGAAAGGGUCGUUUUGACAAGAUUAUUAGGGUCGGUUUGCCCUCAAAAGACGGUAGAUUGGCCAUAUUGAUGGUACAUGCUCGAAAUAAAUUUUUCCGGUCAGAAGAGGAAAAGGACACUUUGUUACAGGAAAUUGCAGAGCUCACAGAAGAUUUUACUGGAGCUGAACUUCAAAAUAUAUUGAAUGAAGCUGGAAUAUUGACUGCGAGGAAAGACUUAGAUUAUAUUGGACGAGAUGAACUUCUUGAGGCCUUGAAGAGGCAAAAGGGUACAUUUGAAACGGGUCAAGAAGAUAGCACUGAGGUCCCUGAGGAGCUAACACUGAGACUAGCUUACAGAGAAGCUGCUGUUGCAGUUCUUGCAUGUUACCUUCCAGAUCCCUACCGACCAUUCACUGAGACGGAUAUCAAAUCCAUCCGUAGUCAGCCCAAUAUGCAAUUCAUGGAAAUUGGAGGCAGAGUGUUUAAAAGGAAAGCAGAUUAUGUGAACUCAAUAGUCCGUGCAUGUGCUCCCAGAGUAAUUGAGGAAAAAAUGUUUGGAGUUGACAAUCUAUGUUGGAUCUCUGCAAAAGCAACUUUAGAAGCUUCCAGGCUUGCAGAAUUUUUGAUACUUCAGACAGGGUUGACUGCCUUGGGAAAAGCUUAUUACAGAUACCAGAGAGAUCUCGUACCAAACCUCCCUUCUAAAAUUGAAGCACUUAGAGAUGAGUACAUGAGAUAUGCCAUGGAGAAAUGUUUGUCUAUUCUAAAGGAGAACCAUGCCGCUGUAGAGACAAUUACAGAUGUGUUGCUUGAGGAAGGAGAGAUCAAAGCUGAUGAAAUUUGGAGCAUAUACAAAAGCUCGCCUAAAAGUCCUCAGCCUACUGUGAGUCCUGUUGAUGAAUAUGGAGCCCUUAUAUAUGCUGGAAGGUGGGGAGUCCAUGGGGUUUCACUUCCAGGGAGGGUGACAUUUGCACCUGGAAAUGUUGGAUUUUCAACUUUUGGUGCACCACGACCUAUGGAGACCCAGAUAAUUAGUGAUGAAACGUGGAAGCUAAUAGAUGGUAUAUGGGAUAAAAGGGUCGAGGAAAUAAAAGCUGCAGCAUCAGUUGAAAUUGAAGAAGACAAGGAGAAACCACAGCUUCUGAUGCCCAGUCAUUUCCUAUAGCAUCCAAAUAACAAAUACAGGUUUUGACACUAGUUCUGGGUGGCAUAUGUUGUGCAGCUAUGACUUUAUUUUGUUUGUUUUAAUUCCAUGAGAAUGUGACGUCAUUUCCUGAUUGCCUGAGUUGCAUUAUUGCUUGGCCCAUAUUAUUUUCUAAAAAUUAAAUGCAUAUUAUUGGACCAGGAAAGGCUUUUUUUUGGGGGUGGGGUUGGGGGGUUUGUUAGUGUAGAUCCUGACCUGUUCACUAAAAGCAAAGUUGAGUUUGUAACCCAGUGAGCUUAGUAAUCAGCAUAAAGCUUGUGAACAUUUGCUAAACUGAGUUGAAGCAUAUGACUACUCAACCUUCACUUUAAGCAGGAGUAACUUGCCAUUAAUGGCUUAGUGCCUGGAGAUGCAAGCCAGAAACAUAUUCGUCAUUAUUAUAGCACAAACAAAUUAGUUUGGGAAAUUUUUUACCUGCCUCUGUCCAGAAAUGCUCAUACUACGUUCCUUUUUGAGUUGUCCCACAAUGUUGUUCCCUUUCCUUAAGUAGAAAUUUUAGUACAUCUUAAAAUACUGCAAAAUGUUUUGUGGGUCCUACUUUUAUUGUUGUCAAUACAAAUUUAUCCUUAUUAUAUCAUUCUGCAAUACAGAAAGUCAAAAAAUGAUACAUGUCUCUCAACAGAUAACUAAACAUUUUCAGCUUCUCUUAAUUAUUAUGCAACGUCAAAGUGCAGCAAGCAAAUUGGAC